AUGGCGAACCCCAGUGCAAACCAGCUGUCGAUCCCCUUCCGCAAGUCCAACCACCUGUCGCUCUCGACCGCCAUCCGGCAGUACAUCUCCAAGAAAUAUGACCAGCACCCUGACAUGUUCCGUCACGACCUCGAGGUUGUCGACGCCCUGCGGAGAGAUGCCACCAACGUGCGAGAAGCCCACCCCAGCGGCAUCAAGAAGCUGCAGGCCUACGCCGCCCAGCUCGUCUGGAUCUCGGGCAAGUUCCCCAUCGACAUAGGCGCAGACUUCACUUGGUACCCGGCCCUGGGCUACAACACCGAGCGGCCCAUAGUGCACAACAACCUCAAGUUCGAGCUCAUGAGCAUCCUCUUCAACCUCGCCGUCCUCUACUCCCAGCUCGCCCUGGCGUCCAAUCGCUCCAACACCGAGGGGCUCAAAACUGCUGCCAAUUUCUUCAGCCAGGCUGCUGGCGUCUUCAAGCACAUGAAGGAUAUCGUGCUCCCCGAGCUGCGCAUGGCUACUCCACCCGAGGACCUGGACGAGAGCACCCUCGAGUCCCUCAUCCAGCUACAGCUGGCCCAGAGCCAGGAGUGCUUCUGGCAGAAGGCCGUCAUAGACGGCUACAAAGAUGCCUCGAUUUCCAAGGUUGCCGCCCGCGUUAGCGACCUUUACAACCUGGCCGGGGAGGCCGCCAUGAGUAGCGAGUCCAUCAGCAGUUCCUGGAUACACCACGUGAGCGCUAAACAUCACCACUUCGCUGCCGCCGCCCAGUACCGCGCUGCGUGCGACUGCCUGGAGAAGAGGAAAUAUGGAGAGGAGGUGGCGCGCCUGACUGACGCAGUUGUGUGUGCGAACGAAGGCCUUAAAGAGGGCAAGGGAGGCUAUCUGAGCAAGGCUGUUCUGGAUGAUCUGAACGGCUUGAAGAGGAGGGUCGAGGACGACUUGAAACGGGCGGAGAAGGACAACGACGUGAUAUAUCUACACCAUGUUCCUGCGAAGACCGAGCUCAAGGUGCUCGAACGAGCCAAUAUGGCGGUGGCUCGAGUCCCACCACAAGUUGCCAACCCCACGGAAUAUCUCGGCGACCAGACUGAUUUCGGAACCCCUCUCUUCAGCAAGCUGGUGCCUUACUCCGUUCAUGUCGCCGUGUCAAUCUACGAGGAGAGGAGAGAUCGCCUGGUCAAUCAGAACAUCAUACAAGGCCUUGAGGCAUUGAACGAGAAGCUUCACGAGAUACUAUCAUCACUAAAUCUUCCUGGAUCGCUGCAGGCCCUGGAAAAGCCGCUUGGUCUACCCGGUACACUGGUACAGCAUGCGGAGGAAAUCAGGCAGGCAGAUGCAUUGAGCAGGGUACAGCGGAGUUUUGCCGACAUCGAUAAGCUGAGAUCAAGUGACCGCGCAAUCUUUGAUGAAGGAAGGUCUCUUCUUGCCACCGAGGAGGAGGAGGACCAACGGCUGCGGAUGAAGUACGGGACCCAGCGCUGGACGAGGCCUUCCAGCAAGGAGGAUCCCCAAGGUGCCAAACUCUGGAAGCAGGCGACCGAUAUUGAUGGCUACUUCGGCUCGAGCACAUCCAGCGACGCAGUUGUCCGUGAGAAGUGGCUAGUAGUGGAAAGCACGCUCUCUAUUCUUGCCGGGUCCGAUCGUAGCCUCAUGGACGCCAUACCGCAGAGUCGCAAGACCGAAAUCCACGAGACCGUCAAGCCCGCUCUCGGCCGUCUCCGCGGUGCGUACAACGACAUCCAGCGCCUCGAAUCCCGAAGGCGUCGCCGCGCCGAAGCUCUCCGCGAGAAGGCCAAGGCCGACGACAUCAAGCCGGACAUCAUGAAAGAAGCAGCAAGGCUAGAGCGCACGUACCCAAACACUCAGAUCGUGCCGGCCCACUUUGAAGAUUUCUUCGAGAAGAGGCUGGAUAGCAUGUACGAGGCGGAUCUAGCGCAGAUCGAGAAGGAGGCCGCGGAGCAGGAGAAGUUCCUGGCGGAAGUGACUCGUGCAAACCGAGAGUUUGAGGCCCAGAAGAAGAGCGCGGGAGACCGAGGCUCAAGAGAGCGGGAGGCCGCGCUGCAGGCGUUGGACAAUGCGUAUUACAAGUACAAGGAGAUAGUCAGCAAUGUGGAGGCCGGAAGGAAGUUCUACAACGAUCUUAGCAAGAUCGCUGGCUCGUUCAGGGACCGAUGCAGGGACUGGGUAAGCGAGAGACGGAAAGACUCUCGAGGACUCGAAGAGGACAUUGGCAUGCCGCCCCUAUCCUCGCUCUCUCUGGGCCAGCACCAGCGGGCACCUCAGCCCAGCUACCAAGCCCCUCAGAGCCCUCCCCAGCAGUACUACCAGAAUACGCCUGCCCCGAUGGCGCCAAUGUCACCACCAGUUGAGCCACACAUCCAGUCGUGGGCGCGGGACGACAACGCCCAGCCUCCUGAGCAGCCGCAGCCGCGACAGUCGAUGCAGCCGCUGCAGGGCAUGUGGAAUCCUGAGAUGGGCAUCAAGUUCGCACAGUCGCCCGGGGCAGGCGGUGGUGGUCAGGGAGGACAGGCGGGAGGUGGCGGUGGACCGGUGGGCGGAAAGUGGGAGCCGAAUGCCGGGAUCCGGUUUGGUUGA